AUGGCAUUCACUACUGCCGACAUGCCAACUCGAUUUCUCAAAGGUGCUUUCCUGGUGGGACAUAUCCCUCAUCGAGUCCUUCGAUGUGACAUGCGCCUCUCCUACUCGCUAUAUGUGCCACCGAGUCAUUAUGAUGGCACAGGCGGUAGCACGAUCCCGCUCCAGGUUUAUAUCCACGGUACAAGACGUGACCUCUCACCAAUGCACUCCGAUCUAGAAGCUUUCGCCGAUGACGUUGGCUGCGCCGUCCUAGCACCUCUGUUCCCGGCUGGAGUAGAAGGACCACAGGAUCUUGACUCGUACAAGUUGACAGGGGAGUCGACAUUGCGAUCUGAUCAGGCACUGUUAGCAAUGAUAGAAGAGACCGAGCAGGUCUGGGUAGGUAUUUACACGAAGCGAUUUUUCCUCGUGGCCUUCUCAGGGGGCGGGCAGUUUGCCCACAGAUUCUUGUAUCUGCAUCCUGAGCGACUCUCGGCGGUCAGUAUUGGUGCCCCGGGGUCAGUGACGCUGCUAGAUCAGCAGAAAGACUGGCCGUAUGGAGUGAAGGAUGUAGAGAUCUGCUUUGGAAGACACCUCAGCCUCGCGGCCGUGAAACUCGUAGCUAUUCACCUCGUUGUAGGCAUCGCAGACAACGAUUUCCACGGAGGUACCGAGUUCACGCAAUGGCUCAGAGAUGUCCGCGCACCCGAGCAGCAUGAGGCUCAGGCAAAGCCGCAGAUCUCUUCCGUCCAUUCUCAAGGACGAGUACAAAGUCUGCGAGGCCUGGAUGAGAGUCUGAAGCAAGCUGCUAUCGAAGUGACGUUCAAGCUUGUGGGGGGUGUUGCGCAUCAUGGCGACUUAGUCCGACCAGCGCAGCUGCGAUUCCUGAAGGAGGCAAUGUGGCUCAAGAAAAGAUGA